GUUGCAAUAUAGCUGAACGUCUUGGAUAUCAGAGCGUGAUUCACACAGUCCAACGUUGAUCCCAUUCCCCGGUCAACCUGGACACUUUCUAUCUAUCAAAUUUCUGGAGCCACAUACUGGCGGAGCCUCCCGAGAGGUUAGGGAGCGCCUGCUCUCUGUUAACCUACCGGACCAACACUGUUGAGUACCUUUCUUUGUAACAGUGAUGCGCAGACUCUUCUCAUCAGAUUGGCAGGCCAUUCGAACCUAUUUCGGACCCUGUUUUACAUUGCUCGGCUGAAUGACUAUCGACGUGGAGCGAGUUUUGAUCCCGGGAUUAGGAUGAAUUAUACUUCACAGGACGUGCCUUCGGAACCGAUUGACCCAUCAAUAACCUCACAAGAGAACGCGGGCUCCACCAUCUACCAAUAUCGCAACAGGCUCGUGAUGAAUGCUUAUAGUGCUGGAAAGCACUUGAUCAGGAUUCACCCCGCGCUUAGCCUAGCCUUCGGACCCUUACAACCCCCAGACGGUGUAUAUGCUUCCCAGCGCGAGAAGGAGAUCUGGGAAUCUCAGAGUGACUGCGAGUGGGACGCAUGGGAAGAUACAUUCGGAGGGACUGAAGCUGUUAGGGAACAAUGCCAACGAGAUACAGACUCCGAGAUUGGCACAACCGCUCUAUCGCAGGAGAUUUGGGAGCAACAGGAUGUCAAAGGGGAUUCGCCCAGCUUCAUGUUUAAAGUGGUGUCUCGUGCGCGUUCCAAAUCGAUCGCUGCAUCCACUUCCAACAUUCAAAAUAGUGCAAUAGGGGAAUCGUCCGUACUACCUGUCCCAGCCGCGCUUGCUCCAGUUGAUCGCCAACCUCCAAAAGGGUUUUCGAUACUGCCAUCUGGUUCAAGGAAAUCUCGUACCCGUUCUAUAACGCUGUCCAAGCAGCAAACCCCUUCGAAACCUUAGUUUUUAUAACACACGAUAAACCCACCCCAAUGCGACCCCUGUUCCGGGAUAAAAAAAAUGUUACAUUCCUGUUUAACGUAGUAGGACUGAGAUAUGUAGUUCCGCCCUUGUACAUAAUUCAUGUUAAUCAGUUAUUAACAUCUCAGAGGCUUAUGAAAGUCGCCGAACAUAUGGUUCAUACCACUAUCGAACAAAGACAAAACAUUCAUAGAACAAGCGCUCUGCUUGCUUCGU